GACAUCAGCUGAGAUAAGACACACACACACACACACACACACACACACACACACACUCUUCAUGUGUGGACGUCUCUCCGGCCGGCGAGGUGAUAUUUAUGUGUAUUUAUGUAUAUUUAUAUAUAUAUAAAUAGACCCGGAGACGCUGCUUGCCUCCGUUCACCGGGAACAAGCGACUCGUGGCUCGUUUCCUCUCGGCUCUCUUCGCGGUCAUGAGGAGCGGAGCUGAAGUUUCAGCCCUCUGGCUCUAAUAGCUGCUCUUCGGGGUUGUUGUUUUUUUGUUUUUCUCCUUGUUUUUGGAUUGGUUUUUUUCUUUCUUUUUCUCCCCCUUCGCAAAAAGGAUGGUGCUGGACAAGGAGGAGAGCGUGUCCCUCGUGUCCCUCCAGUCCAGGGAGAAGCCGCGGGGCUGCGCCGGCUGCAACGGGAGGAUCCGGGACCGCUUCAUGCUGCAGGCCCUGGACCGGUACUGGCACGAGGACUGUCUGAAGUGCACCUGCUGCGACUGCCGCCUGGGCCGGGUGGGCUCCACCCUCUACACCCGGGCCAACCUCAUCCUCUGCCGCAGGGACUACCUGAGGCUCUUCGGGGUGACGGGGAACUGCGCGGCCUGCAGUAAGCUGAUCCCGGCCUUUGAGAUGGUGAUGAGAGCCAGAGACAACGUCUACCAUUUAGACUGCUUCGCCUGUCAGCUCUGCCGCCAGAGAUUUUGCGUGGGAGACAAGUUUUUCCUCAAGAACAACAUGAUCCUGUGCCAGCUGGACUACGAAGGAGGCCAUCUCAACGGCGGCGGCUCGGAGAGGCAGCCGCAGUGAGAGAUCGUCAUGACGACUGUGAGCCGGUUGGACCUUCAGUGAAACUCACCGAGUCACGUUUCUGAACCAGCGGAGCCGAGGCCGACGGGACGUAUCGGCCGAGGUGGAACUCUUUUAUGACGGAGCUGCGCAGAAAAUAUCCUGAAAAAAACUCACAACACGGGUUGGACGGAACCGGAGAACCUCCCAAAACCUCCCAGAACCUACCAUGACCUUCCAGAACUUGAAACCCAAUCCUGGACGGGACGGAAAAUACUGAAGUUUGUCAAAUCGGUUAUUAACUGAAUUUUUUUUUGCAAAUCACGGUUUGAGGACUCCGAGGGACCGGACGACGCUUUAAAAAACUCUACGUGGAUUUUUUGUUUUCCACUCGGAUCUGGAGCUCUUUUUGUCUGUUUGUUUGUUUGUUUCUUGACUAAUUAAAACUGAAUUUUAAUUUCA